AAGGAAUCCUAUUUAAACCCCGGCAAAAACAACAAAACUUCACAAAUUCCUUUUUCUACACCGAACGACUCGUCACAUCUGCCAUCCUAACACUCCCGUUCGUAAAGGAAAGAUGAGCAUAAGUCUAUUCGUUCUCUCCGUGCUCGGAAUUGUCUGUUCCGCGAGUGGCCAAAGAAUAGGCGAGAAUGACGAAAUAGUUCAAUGCGUUUCUAAGAGUAUGAGCGAUUUGGAAAUGACUUGUCCCGAACUAAACUGCAUAUUGGAUCUGGAUAAGCUGACAGAUUUCGUCUGUGACGUAGACAAUAGCAGGAUAAUUCCAAUUCUUCUGGACUGCAGCUUGGAAAACGUGUACAACCUAAUCGAUACAUAUGGUGUGUGCGUGGAGAGUACUUUUCCCCCUAUUCGCACUGCCUGUUGCUUCGCGAAAGAUAUGAUUCGUUGCAUGCAAAACCGCGUGAACAAGUACGACAAUACAAUCGAUUGUGACGACAAGAGUUCAAUGGCUUCGGUCCAGACAAUAAUGGACAGCUUUACGCCGCAAACUAUAAAUAACAUUAACUCUAACCCCAACAUCCUCUACGAAAUCGCUCGCGCUGCCGAUGUCUCCGACUGCUUGAAAAAGAUGGCGUCCGGGCGAACAAAAGCAUAAAAAUUGUCACGGUGAUAUUACCUGAAUUGUAUUUUUCGACUCUCAAAUUUGCCGAUUAAAAACCAUUUUGAAAUUAAAAC